AUGACCGUAUUUGGGUUCAUUCUUGAAGAGGACAAUUUACCCCCUCGAGGUUUAAGGUUGAACUGGUAUGGUAGGAGGAUUUUGAUUAGAGGAUUAGGUGAGGUUGGAGGAUCAGGUGCGGUUGGAGGAUCAGGUGCGUUUGGAGGAUCAGGUUUGGUUGAAGGAUAUGGGUUAGUAGCAGAAUCUGGUUCUGUAGAAGGAUCAGGCUUGGUUGAAGGGCCUGGCUUGGAAGGAGGAUCUGGACUAGUUGAAGGAUCUGGUUUGAUUGGAGGAUUAGGUUUUGUUGGAGGAUCAGGUGCGGUCAAAGGAUCUGGAUUGGUUGAAGGAUCUAGUUUGAUUGGAGGAUCAGGUGUGACUGGAGGAUCAGGUGGGGUUGGAGGAUCAGUUGACGGAUCUGAUUUGGUCAAAGGAUCUGAAUCAGUUGCAGGAUCUGGUUCAGUUGAAGGAUCAGGUUUGGUUGAAGGGUCUGGUUUGGUUGUAGUAUCGGAUUUCGUAGGAGGAUCUGGCUCAAUAAAGGGAUCUGGUUUGAUUGGAGGAUCUGGUUUGGUAGAAGGAUCAGGUGCUGUUGAAGGAUUUGGUUUGGUUUAA